GUGGGAAGUUGGCCACCAGGUUGGUCCCAACUGUCCAUGGCCCUUCGGCCUUGGCUGCGGCAUUUGGAUCUCAAGCUGGAGGACUAGAGUAGAGAGCCAUGCAGGUGGUGGUGGCGCCUUAGCCACCAGGCUUUGGAGCCGCUGGUGGGCAUAACGCGAUAGCCACAUGCGAGCCGUGCUGUGGUUGAAGAUCUCCUACAUAGGAAUGAGUAACUCCAGGCCCAAUGCCAUCAGCAUUGACAAGUGGCUGAUCAUAAGCCUUUACUGUUAGUGAAAGAAGACCAGAACCAAAUGGAGGGUUAUGAGGUCCUGGUCCUCGCUGCCGAGGGGGACGGCGUUGGCCCAUCUCUCCUCCUGUCUCCGAUUCCCCCUCUGAAGGGCCCACAGUACCUGUUCAACUGUCCGGAGGGCUUUGCGCGGCUGGCUAUCGAGUACAAAGUGCGCCCCUCGGGCCAGCUUGCGGCGGUCUUCCUGACGUCGCUCCUGCCGCAGGCUGCGGCUGGCCUCCCAGGCCUCUUCCUCCGCCUCGCCGUCGACGGCCACGAAAAGCUCGAGACAUGCGGCCCCCCGGGGACUGCCGCGUACGUCCACGCGCAGCGCCACAUCGUUCACUGGGUCCAUCCAAGGGUGACCGUCAACCAGGCCUCUUCUGGGGGGGUGCCGAAACCCAUCUUCCAAGACGGGCGCCUUUCAGUUCUGCCCAUCUUUGAGGGGACGGGGGAAGUGAGCUGUCCGUGCUGUUUGGAAGGAGAGGCGUCGGGCGGGGUCGGAGAGGGGGCCGAGGCGGCACAGAAGGUAGCGGGGGAAAAGAAAGAACCUGCAAGGAUGGAUCUGAGCAGCUCAAGUAGUGAGAGUGACAGUGAGGAGGAGGACGGGAGGAGCGGUGAGAAAGAAGGGAACUUUGACGGCGGCGGCGUCUCACAAGUCCAGCCUCAGGGGGUAUGCGAAGACCAGGCUUUGGUGGGGACACCGUUGGAAGCAGUUGGGGAGGAAACGGAUGAUGGCGAGUGCGCAGCUCUAUUAUGGACAAGGCCCUCGAGCAGCCUCGGGGGGAUCCCUCUGGGGGCAGUCCUGGGCGAGCCUGUGGAGGCAUCUGAGGGGGGUGCGAACGGGCAAAGGGACGUGGAUCAAACAUUGGGUGCCGAAGGUGGGCCGGACGCGGAAGGUGGGGAGCAAAAAGAUGAGGUUUUGGAGAACAAGGGGAAGGUGUUGGAGUUGGCCGAAGGCAGCAAGCGGUGUGAGUCAGAAGCGAAACCCGAGGCUCCCGCCGGGAAGAGUCCCCUGACCGUUGACUUGAGCACGUCGUUCAGCGUAGCGAGCGAGAACGGAAGUGAGGGUGAGAGCGAAAGUGAGGCAGAAGCGAAGAGCCUGCUGAGUGCCAGAAAGAAGAUCAUGCUCGGACUUCCACCUAAACCGACGAGGGGAACGGGUCGGAAACCGGAGAAGAGUGCUCUGUUUGCGGAGCUGGACUCGAUUUUCAUGGGGGGCGCGAAAAAUGGAAAGACGGUGCGCCAGCAAGCCCUGUCGACUUUGACAGCUGGGCCCCCUGAGAAAGUUGAGACCGUGCUUGGGGGUGCCGAUGGAAGAAGGAAGCAGGAACUUGGAGAGGGGGCAAAACGGAUACGGAGAAAGAGGCGCAAAGGAGAAGACGGCAGGAAGGGCGAGAGGAUGGAAGGAAAGUUGGAAAGGGGGUCUGAAGAGAAUGAGAAAGAGGGAAAGCCAGUUGGGGUGCCGCCAUUCAAGCGGCGGAAGAAGGUAGUUGAGAUCACAAGUAGCGGGGGGGAGGCGUUCUCAGUGGAGGAGUCGUUUGAGGUGGAGGUGACGCCGUUAAAGACUAAUGCGGGGCUGACAUCACAUGCAGGGUGCGCUGGCGAUGUCUGCGUGCAAAGUAAAGGAGGAGAAGGGGCUCGAGAAAGUGAGUGCGCUGAGCACAGAGCGGUUGUUCGGCGGGGCACGAAUCGAGAAUCAGGUGAACGAACAACUAAAACGGAACGUGACGUUUUUGGAUCGCGCGAUGGCAUGGGAUCGAAGAAUGAAAAGUCGCCUGGGAGAAAGGGGGACGAAGGAGGCGAAGCAAGUGAGGAGUCUUCGGAAAGCGAGGAAGAUGGAGAGUGUCUGAAACAGCUGCUCUCUCCACCUGGUUCGAAGAGGCGCGGCGCAGGGAAGGGGCGCGGUAUUGGGGAGGCGAAGGAGGCCCUGUUCGCCCAUCUGGACGACAUUUUCAAUUCGGAGGGCAGUGCUUCGAAGGCCCGGAACAGGGCCCUGGAGACGUUGGGGCGGCCGGCAUUUGUGGGCGCUCUGGGCAAGGGAAACGGCGGAGCGGGAUCUUUCGGUGCCCAAAGACAGAAAGUGACGGAGAAGCGAGGAAGCAAGGGCGGUGAAACUGGACUGGGGGGGUCGAAGAAGAGUGGGCGUGACGGCGAAGAGACGAAUGGGGCGGGCUUGGCUGCGGGAGUCGGCUUGGAGAGUGUUCAAGGCGAGGGUGCGGGUGGUUCAUUGGAAAAGCAGAGCGCUCCUGAAAAUGGAAUCGGAAAGAUGCAGGCGACGGCGAUACCAGAACCGGAGGUAGAGACUCCGUCGUCAGGUCACGGUGCGGCGAGCCCGUCUGGUGGGCUCAGGCUCAGAGGAGGGGGCCCGAGAAACUUUCAGCGCGGGGGGCCGCAGCAAGGAUGGGGGUCAAUCAAUGGCGGAAGAGAAGGGGGACUUCAAGGCGGGGGUGUUCCAGGCGGGGGUUUUGCUGGUGGGGGCUUCACAGGAGCACCGCCUUUUAUGGGUGGCCGUAAUGGGGGUGGUUUUGGACAGCACCCGGGACUGUUUGGAGGGGGAGGGAGUGCGAGGGGGGGGUCCGAGGUCCCCCUCUGGAAGAAGCGCUUCCGGCAGCAGCCGGAAAGCAACAGCGAGGACAGCGACACGUGGCAGGAGGAGGCGCGCGAGUCCGGGAUGCACUGGCUGCUGCAGUCGGCGAGCGUGCGGCGCACGCGGAAGCUGCGCAAGGGGCUGCCAGCUGGCGGCCCAGGAGUGAUACCUGGCGGGGGUGUCGCGGCAGCUGGCGGCGCGCCCCCCCGGCCGAAGCCGCGGGUCCAGAUCGACUCGCACACCCCGUCGACGAACCCCGUUUACGUGCGCACAAAGGCGGGCGUUCUGCCAAUGGAGGAGGGUUUGGGGGUCCUGAAGCAGACGGUGCCAGCUGGCGGGGGAUCCCUCUUGGGCUACCUCUGUUUCUUUGGCCCGCCUGUGAACGGGUCGGUUCUGAUGGUCGACUGUCGGGACGAGAACGCGUGCGCUCAGCUGAAGACGAUCCGGCUCCCCGCGUGCGUGCGCGCCCAGAGGGGUGCGCAUCGGCUGAUGGCGGUGUUCCACUUCACGCCUGCUGACGUGGCAGCUCGUGAGCCCUAUAAGGAAUGGGUGCGCAGCUUUGGGGGCCACGUGAGGCACGUGAUGCUUUCGGACGGCGGUUUGGACCUGGGGUACCGGGCGACGUACGGGACACUGGCGCGGCUCAACCUGGUCGACAAGGGGAUCUUUCCGCUGACGGGAAACGCCACCGGAAAGAGUUCGGCGAGCCUGGAACGUCCGUCCAAUGAAGGUGACGUCCCAGAGGGUCCGCAGUCCGACAUCAGAAACGAGCAUCAGGGGGUGCCAGAAACAUACGAUGAGGGAAAGAGUGCAAAGAAAAGCGGGGCCGGGAACGAUGCGAAGGGCCGGGGCUUUGAACCGGGCGGUGUGGGGCUGCUGGCGAGAGUGAAUCUGCGGGGUCUGCGGCCCGGUUCGGACGCUCCGGCUGAAGUGGAUGAGUCUCGGUGCUUGCCGGGGGUAAAUGUGGAGGGGAUUCAGGCGCAGGUGCUGAGGGACCAGCCGGCGCUGGCGUUUUGGAAGGAGGGCGGACGCAUUGAAGAUUUCGAGGCAGAAAAGGGGGGUGGCGCUGAGAAAGUUGGUGAGGCUGAGGGGCGAGGAGGAAACGGGGGGACUGGGGCUAAGGCUGGAGGGGCGGGUGGGGCAGAAAGGGAGACUGGGAAAGGGGGAGCGGAAGCGGUCAGGAUAGGAAGCGGGAAUGUGGAGGGAGAAAGGGAUGGGAAAGAUGAUGGAAAAGCAGAUGAGCAAGGUGACGGGAAGGAUGCCAAAAUUGCCAGGACUCAAGAGGUGCGCGGAGCGCCAGAGGGUGCGGCAAACGAAAAGACAAAUGUCGACGCGCGUAACUCUAAAGACGGGGUCACAGGAGACGAAAAGGCCGCCAAGCAUGGGGAGGGGGUCGCCAACCAGGGGGGACACGUGGCAGCCUUUCGGCCGUCGGGCAUCGGGCGCAACGCGACGCAGGCGGAGCUGAUGUACGAGCGCCAGCUGGCAGAGCAGGCGGCGGUGCUCGCGCAGCAGUGGCACUACCUCACGCCCACCAUCAACAAGGCGCACUGCGGGUUAGCCAAACCGCAGCCUAACCCUACUCCGGAGACCGUUACUGGUCCGGGUUCGGAACCUAGCCCCGAAGCUAACGGAAAGACGGUUCCGAAAACGGAUCCAAAUGCCGAAAACCAGACUGCCCAGAAGCAGGACGGAGGCGCUUCCGAAGGCCUCCGUUUCAGGGGGGCAGUUCCGCAGGUUCUUUUCCUGGGGACGGGGUCCGCGGAGCCCAGCAAGUACCGGGGGGGGAGCGCGAUCCUGCUAACCCUGACCCCCGGAAACGCGCUGCUUAUGGACUGCGGGGAGGGCGCGGCCGGGCAGCUGUUCCGGACGGGGGGGCUCGUUCCGUCCGAAGGUCCGGAAACGGAACGCCCGCUUGCGCGAGCGCAGCAAGUGGCGCGCUCGGUUCGUGUACUCUGGGUGUCGCAUAAGCACGCAGACCACUGCUUGGGGGUGGUCGGGGUGCUGAACAUGAGGGGCGGGGGGGAUCCCCGGCUGCUGAUCGUGGGGCCGGUGGCUGUGCAGAAGUGGCUGGAGGAGGUUGGAGCGGCUAUGCAGGAAAACGGCCACACCCUCCCUCCUUACAUCUUCCGACACUGCCGCGAGCUCGGCUCAAUCAUUGAUAACGUUAACCAGCCCCGUGUCCCCAGCAACCCCCCAAUCCAGCCUCUUAACCCUGGGUUAAGCCCCGCACCACCCUUUUCCGCCCCACAGCAUCGGCAGCGGCCGAGCUUUGGCCAGCCCCCUAGAGCUUCCCGGUUUGUGCCGCAGUACCACCCCGAAACUUUCUUAGCGGGUCCGCAGCAGCGACUCGUUCAAGGCGCGCACCAGCAGUAUAGCCAGCAACUAGAGGAGCCUCGUUUCCAGCAGCAGAUGUAUACGCAGCCCCCUCGUUUCAGCGGCCACUUUGGAGGGAUCCCCCAACAUGCGUACGUGCAGCAAGCACCGAGCAUGGUUCAAUCCUUUCAGCCUCGGCCGUUCGAUCACCAAACCCAGUUCUUUGCGCAAAACACUCCUCAGCACUUACCCUUCCAAAGCGGCCCAUUCGCCUUCAACCAACAUCUGGUCAACUACCUUCCACAGCCGUUCGGAAGCCACCACCCCUCGUCAAAUCUCGUAAACCUUCCCAGACUCGUAAACCCUACAAACCCUCUAAACCCCGCUAACCCCGUAAACCCUCCGAACCCUCCAAACACUAUGAACCUUGUAAACCCUGUAAACCCCUCCCCCGCCAGUCAAGCGAUCGCGCCCCUCAACCUCGUUCGAGCCCAGGCGGUCCCUGUGCACCACUGCGCCGAUUCCUGGGGCCUCGUAAUCCACCACGCCGACGGCUGGUCGCUGGUUUAUUCGGGCGACACGCGCCCGACGAGGCCUCUCAUCGAGGCGGGGCGGGGCUGCACGCUGCUCAUCCACGAGGCGACAUUCGAGGGGAAGUUGCUGGACCACGCGAGGCGGAAACGGCACAGCACCACGGAGGAGGCCCUCGACGUGGCCGCCCAAAUGGGCGCCCGCCGCACGAUCCUGACGCACUUCAGCCAGCGGUACCCAAAGGCCGUCGAGUUCGAAUCGAACCUGCCCGCUGCCGACAGCACCUGCAUCGCGUUCGACGGGAUGGCCGUUCCCUUUUCGGAGCUGGCCCGCCUCCCGUCGCUGCUGCAGCCCAUUAGAUUGGCGCUCGCGGAUGUGGAGAAGGCGGAAGAAAGGGACGGGGCUUGAGGUUCGUUGUGAGGUCCUGGUGCGGAACCCGUCGUCAGCAGAGGGGUUCCAAGUUCGGAGACAAAGCUUCUUUGAUAGGUUAGGCGAGCGAGAUUAGGGAUUUGGCAGAAAAGAGGACCGAACCUCGUAGGGUAGGCAGUCGUCGAAAAUUGGCAAAAUUGAUUGGUCACGUACCGGAUAGACUGUGUAUCAGAGUUCGUAGUGUCGUGGGUGGGCGCAGGACAGCUUACUGACGCCUUUUCGCGACGGGCUUGUGUAUGCGAGUGCCCCGGUCACAGUCAGUGUACGCUAACGUGCUUCUGAGUGCCCCAUGCAGAUUGGAUAGGUUUCGGAUCAGUGAGCUGUUUGUAUACGUUAGAGAAUAGAAAGGUCGAGCAAUCGGCGCACUUGCGAGUAGCAGGCAUCGAAUGCUAUAGAGCGGCAAGCGCACUGAAUAGUACUUUGCCGCAAAAAGCGAACCUCGACAGAGAGCCU